CUCCAAUAUAAUUCACACAAUUGCUGACUUUUCAUCUUUGCAUCUCUUCUGAAAAAUAAAAAAUAGCCAUGGCUUCUUCUUCUUCUUCCAGUUGCAUCAUCAUCUUCUUCUAUGCUCUACUGCUUAUACAGUUUUGCGGUGGUCGGAAAAUCGCACACAACAAAGAAAAUCAUAUAAAUAUAUACGGGAAAAAUGAUCUUGAUGAUUUGGAUCCGGCUCUAAACGUGUUCUUCCACGUAAACGAUUUACAUUCGGGAAAAAAGAUGCCGAUUUAUUUUGCGGUUAACGAUCCUUCAACAACGCCUCGGUUAUUAACAAGAGAACAAUCCGAUUCGAUACCUUUUUCGUCGUCAAAACUUUCGUAUAUUCUUGAGCUCAUAUCAUUAGCCAAUGGUUCACCACAAGCGUUAGCGAUGCAACAAACUCUCAAACAGUGUGAGCUUGAGGCAACACCGGGUGAGACCCGGUUUUGUGCAAGCUCUUUAGAGUCCAUGCUGGACUUGACACGUGGAAUAAUGGGUAUGGUCAAACUGAAGGCGUUGACCACCAAUAUUCAUAAUUUGUCAAACACCCUUUUGCAAGAGUAUACUUUUUUGAAUGAGCCAUUGGAAAUUAAUGUUUCUAAUAUGGUUGCUUGUCACACUAUGGCUUAUCCCUAUGUGGUUUACUAUUGUCAUGGUCAAAAGGGGUACAAUAGGGUUUUUGAGAUUUCUUUAGGGGGUGAGAAUGGAAAUAUUGUUGAUGCUAUCGCGGUGUGCCACAUGGACACUUCUAAUUGGGAUAGUGAUCACGUGGCGUUUCGUGUUCUCGGAGUCCAGCCUGGCAGCUCGCCGGUGUGCCAUUUUCUCCCCGCCGAUAACAUUGUGUGGAUACCGUCACCAUAGACAGGUAGAUGAUGAGGGUUAUGUAGUAUUGAUUGUAAAACAUGUUUGUAUGUGUGUAAUAUGUAGAGUAAUAGCUAGUGAUUUGUGGUAGAAUAGCAUAAAUAUGUUUGUUUUUGAGUAUUUAUGACAUGUUUUUAUCUAGUUUUUAUCUAUAUAGUUAUUAAUAUCAAGAAUAAAUAUCAUGUA